GUUUGAUUUUGCAAUAUAAAUAGAUCCCUUUUACAAUUCCCCCAAUUUUUUUUUUCAAUCGUAAUUUAACAAUUCAUAUUCCAAUAUAAAUAUCUCUUUUUUUUUUUACAUAAAUUUAUAAAUUUCUUCUUUUGAAGAAAUAUAAGAAAUAUAUAUAAAUUGAAAUAAUUUAAAUAAAGAUGUCUGUAGACGGUUUGAGCCCCGAGCAAAAAUAUGAGCUUAUUACGAGGAACCUCCAAGAAGUUUUGGGUGGUGAAGAAAUCUUGAAAAUUCUUAAUGAAAGAGACUUAAAACUCUAUUGGGGUACCGCACCUACCGGAAAACCUCAUAUUGGUUAUUACGUACCCAUGUCAAAAAUUGCAGACUUUUUAACUGCCGGAGUUGAGGUCACAAUUCUUUUAGCUGAUAUUCACGCCUUUCUUGACAAUAUGAAGGCACCACUUGAUCUUGUAAAAUUUCGAACGAAAUAUUAUGAAGUGCUCAUAAAAACUCUUCUUGAAUCAAUUGGAGUCCCAAUUGAUAAAUUAAAAUUUAUCAUAGGGUCUAGUUAUCAAUUAACGGAGAAAUAUAAUAUGGAUAAUUACAGACUUUGCGCCACUGUAACAGAACACGACGCGAAAAAAGCCGGUGCCGAAGUUGUUAAACAAGUCGAAUCCGCAUUGUUGUCUGGCUUAUUGUAUCCAGGUUUACAAACACUAGACGAGGAAUAUUUGGGAGUAGAUGCACAAUUUGGCGGAGUUGAUCAAAGAAAGAUUUUUGUUUUCGCGGAGAAAUAUUUACCACACCUUGGUUAUAAGAAGCGAGCGCAUCUUAUGAACCCGAUGGUUCCGGGUUUAGCAGGAUCAAAGAUGUCUUCAUCCGAUCCAGAUUCGAAGAUAGAUCUUUUGGAUGAAGCUGAUGUUGUAUCCCGUAAAUUAAAAAAGGCCUUCUGUGAAGAAGGAAACGUAAAUGAUAAUGGUGUACUUUCUUUUGUAGAAUCAGUUCUGUUUCCUCUUAGAUCACUUAAUGGAAAUACUCCUAGUUUUUUAAUCAAGCGUAAUGAAAAAUGGGGCGGUAAUGUCAAUUAUACAAGUUAUCAGUCGCUAAAAGAUGAUUUUCGCGAUAAAAAAGUUCAUCCCGGUGAUUUGAAGGCUGCAGUCACGGAAGCAAUUAAUAACCUACUAGAGCCAAUUAGGGAAAAAUGGAAAAAUGAUCUCGAAUUCCAAAAUUUAACGAAACAAGCAUACCCUGAAGUAGAAAAAAUAGUUAAAAAGAAAGAAUCUAAAAAACAUAACCAAGCGCCAAGUAUCAAUGAUGGAAAACCAAUUGAUGUGUCUAGAUUAGAUAUUCGAGUAGCAAAAAUUAUAAAAGCGGAGCUUCACCAAAGUAAUCCUAAAUCCUACGUCUCUACAGUUGAUGUAGGUGAUGCGUCUGGUAAUCCAAGAACAGUUGUUUCUGGCCUUGCAUCUUACAUUCCAUUGGAGCAAAUGCAAGGUCGUUUUGUACUUGCAAUAUGUAAUCUUAAGCCUAGCAAAUUUCAGGGCAUUGAGUCAUCUGCAAUGCUUCUUGCAGCAUCAUCCUCGGAUGAUAAAACAAUUGAAUUAUUGGAUCCACCAGCUGGAAGUGAGACUGGAGAAAAAAUCUUUUUUGAAGGAUACGGAUCGGCGGAACGCAAUGGUGAAAUAUUAAAUCCUAAAAAUAAAAUAUUUGAAAAGGUAGCAGAAAAUUUUAAGGUUAAUGAGGAAGGGGUAGCAACUUUCAAAGAUAUUCCAUUUAAAACUAGUAAAGGUGAUGUAACAGUUAAAACCUUAAAAGAAGGGAUCAUACGAUAAAAUGUAUUUUUGUGAUUUUUGUGAUGUAUUCGUGUUGUAUUCAAAGAAUCAUAGCUUAAC